GCUGCUUACUUCCUUGUCUCUUCCUCACCUGCACCUUCCCGGCUUUUUUUCUUGAAUUUUCCCUUCUCGUGCGGCUCAAGUGCUUAUGUCAUGGGUUGCUAAUCAGGUACGAACGCCACGGCGGAGAUCAGCAGGCUCCGAGCUGGGAUCUGUGCGCGGCGAUUGCGAAAUAAGAGUGGAAAACGACAAUAUGGUUGUUGGUUGAGGCUUUGUGAGGACGAGAGGAUUGAAAGUGAUUGUUUGCUGGUUUUGCUUGCUGGUUUUUGCGUUAUUGUUGUUUGGCUUUGCUUCAGAGGGUUUUCUUGUGUGGUAGAGGGAGUGUGUAUUCUCUUCUAGUGUGAGGUGCAGUAACGACCUGACUUAACAGAGAGCUAUCGAGUAUACUUCUCAUCUUGAGACUUUGAGGAGUCUCUGAAUCACGAUUUCUUGCUACUCCUUGCUACUUUCUUUUGGUCCAUCGACAAUGUCAUCACUCGACCGGGGCUUUCCCCCGUCUGCCCACAGUCAUUCGCUGGCGGGAUCGAAGCGACGGGUAGUCGACGACGAUGAAUACAGUGGUGAACAAGCAAAUAAACGGCAAUUUCGACAUGGUGAGGGUGGAAGCUCAAGUAGAGCGCUGCAGGGGGAUGGUAGCUGGGGUGGGUAUAACAGUACUUCAAACAUGCCGAUGAUGGCGGAAGACAGUGCUCGAGCAGCGAGAAGCUGUAGUCCGUAUAUCGACGGCGACGAGGAUGCAGAGGAGAAGACUUCACCUGUCUUGGUCGACGAGGAGGACGAUAGUAUGAUGAUGACGCCAGACAGUAUAGAUCUCCGCCAGCACGGCGCUUCACCUCCUCCAUUCUCAUUAGACCACAUCAGCAUCGACGACCACCACCACUCCGACAUCAGCAGCAAUCUCAACGCCACCGCACACCCCACCAGCAUCAACAAUCCCAACCCGUCAAAACCACAGCUCAUAUGCGACAACCCAGACUCGCUGAAGCAGUCGGGGAUGAAGAAGAUGGUUUAUAUGGGAUACCGAGCGGAUUGCCCAAAGUGUGUCGCUCGCCAGGCGGGCCAUUAUUCGCAUAUCGUGUAUAUCCCAGACCGAUAGUCUUCUCUAUCAAAAAGAUCCACGUCAUCUCUUUUUGCAUGCAUAUUCUGGUUGCCUGAUUUUGUUAUUUUGUUCCAUCUUGUUUUAUCUUGUUUUAUCUUGUUUUUCUUGUCUCCAUUUCAUAGCCGGACUCUCAUCUACUUUCUCAUCUACGGUGCCGUUCAUUUACUUCUUGCACGCCAUCUUUUGUCUUCUUCCAGUUUUGAGCAGCAGAACAUCAUUCUACAGCAUAUAGGCGUCAAUCACAAAGAUUACAAUCAAUAUCAGCU